CCGACGCCAGGAAGAGUGAGCGUGGGGUUUUACCGGUCUUGCAGCUGUAUCCUGCUUUUCUCUAUUCUCGUUACCUUUGGGAAGAGAUGUCUUCUAUAAAAAGAAGCCCAAAGCAAGAAAUAAUUUCCCAGUUUCACUGUUCAGCUGCAGAAGGAGAUAUUGCCAGGUUAACAGUAAUCCUGAGUCAUUCUCCAUCUCUCCUCAAUGAAACUUCUGGAAAUGGCUGGACUGCGUUGAUGUAUGCUGCAAGGAAUGGGCACCCUGAUGUCGUCCAAUUUCUCCUUGAGAAAGGGUGUGACAGAUCCAUUGUCAAUAAGUCAAGGCAGACUGCACUGGACAUUGCUAAAUUUUGGGGUUAUAAGCAUAUAGCUAACUUACUGGCUGAUGCUAAAGGCAGGAUGAAGCCUUGGUUCCUAACUAAGGACGUGGAAGAAUGUGACAACUAUUUUAGCAGGACGCUAUUAGACCGAAAAAGUGAAAAAAGAAAUAAUUCUGACUGGCUACUAGCUAAAGAAAGCCAUCCAGCCACAGUUUAUAUCCUUUUCUCAGAUUUAAGUCCCUUGGUUACUCUAGGUGGCAAUAAAGAGAGUUUCCAGCAGCCGGAAGUCAGGCUUUGUCAGCUGAACUACACAGAUAUAAAAGAUUAUUUGGCUCAGCCUGAAAAGAUCACCUUGAUUUUCCUUGGAGUAGAACUUGAAAUGAAAAAAGAGUCAUUUAAUUAUGCUGGAGAAGUCCCAGGAGAAGAAGAAGAUGGGUUGGUUGCCUGGUUUGCUCUAGGUAUAGAUCCUGUUGCUGCUGAAGAAUUUAAGCAAAGGCAUGAAAAUUGUUACUUUCUUCAUCCUCCAAUGCCAGCUCUUUUGCAAUUGAAAGAAAAAGAAGCCGGGGUUGUAGCUCAAGCAAGAUCUGUUCUCGCCUGGCACAGUCGGUAUAAGUUCUGCCCAACCUGUGGAAGUGCGACUAAAAUUGAAGAAGGUGGCUACAAAAGGGUAUGCUUAAGGGAAGGCUGCCCUAGCCUGCACGGCGUUCACAAUACAUCAUAUCCAAGAGUUGAUCCUGUGGUAAUCAUGCAAGUUAUUCAUCCAGAUGGGACCAAAUGCCUUUUAGGUAGGCAGAAAAGAUUUCCCCCAGGCAUGUUUACUUGCCUUGCUGGAUUUAUUGAACCUGGGGAGACAAUAGAAGAUGCUGUUCGGAGAGAAGUAGAAGAGGAAAGUGGAGUCAAAGUUGGCCAUGUUCAGUAUGUCUCUUGUCAGCCAUGGCCAAUGCCCUCCUCCUUAAUGAUUGGCUGCUUAGCUGUGGCAGUGUCUACAGAAAUUAAAGUUGACAAGAAUGAAAUAGAGGAUGCCCGCUGGUUCACUAGAGAACAGGUUGUGGAUGUUCUGACCAGAGGGAAGCAGCAGGCAUUCUUUGUGCCACCAAGCCGAGCUAUUGCACAUCAGUUAAUCAAACACUGGAUUGGAAUGAACCCCAAUCUCUAAAUCAAAUAAGUAGACUUUGAAUAUUGACUUCUAAUACCACUUAUUCCUCAAGUGAGAUUAGGAAUAUUUAGUGCUCUUUAGAAUAUCACAACACAAAAUACCAUAUUAGGAUUCAAAAAUAUUUUCAACAUGUACUUCCUAUCUUAACCAUGGAAUUUAUAUUUUUAUAAAAUACAGCACUGCCUCAGACUUUGUUAAAUCUGAGUCAACCUUCUCAAAACAUCUUUUUGUUGUGCUCCACAAUUCUAUCUCACUAAACCAUAUUUCUAAUAAGAAAAAUCAUGUUGUAAAGAUGUAUGUUCUAAAACUGUAAACAAACCUAAAUUUCAAUGCCUCUUUUAAGCAUUAGACCAAUCACUGUAGUUCUAUUUUUGAGAAAUGAGACAAAAUAAUUUUAAUGAAUUUUAAGCUUCAUUUUCAGUCUUUUCAUUACUACAAAGUUUCUUUCAGUUGUCAGUAGCUGAUUUUUGCCCACUUCCCAUUAUAUUCCAUUUUUUUGUCCUGGCUCCUUUGUUCUAGCAGUGGUGCUAUUAUAGUGUUGCUACUAGUCCGCUUUGAUCAGUGUGAAGAAUUUUCUACCUUGCCAACUCUGCUAGUGAUCAGAACACUGUGCUUUCAUGGAAGGAGAGCUUCAGUGAGAGCACACCCCUGUGUACGGGGCUUCUUCCCGAAACCUAAAGUCAAGUAAUAUGUCUAUUUAUUUGUUAUAUUCAAAGUUGUUCUUAAGACAAAUCAGAAUUCUUGCUUUUUCACUGAAAUGUAUUUGAAAGAAAUUCACCUCAAAGAUCAGAUAUUAAAUAUUUCCCAGGUAGAUUUACCUAUUCAAUAAAAACACUGGCUUUAUGUCAUUUUAUGAUAAGGGAUGUAUCUGCAUUAGCAAAGAAAUUAUGUAGUCAUUACUAAUAACAUUUAUUAAACUCAAAUGCAACAUUUUGAUUUUGGCCCUCUUUCAACAUAUUCUAAGAAGCAUUUAUAAAAUAAAUAUAUUUUAGAACUGAAUCAGGAAGGCUCAGAGAAAAAAAGUAAUUCACAAUUUUGCAACAGAGAACUGUCAUUUUAUAAGGCUGUUUUGGAAUUGUUUUAAGUCUAUAAAUGUAUAAAUCUAUAUAGUUUGUUUCUUUAUUAUGUUAGAACUGGAAGAGAUCUCUAGGAUAACAUAUGUAGUUCAGUGCCCUUCUUUUAUAGAUAAGGAAAAAGAAAUCCUGAAAGAUGAAUUUAACUAAUUUAAUCCAUGAAAGGUGAAUCAGUCAAUUAAUCAAUAAAAGUUACACAAUUAUAGCUUACUUUUGUUAAUACAAUUAAUUAUAAUUACAGGUAAGUAACUAAAGUUUAACAGUCUGUACUAGACUGCCCAGUGUAAGACUCUCCCUCUAAUAGCAAGUAGAAACUACUACUAAAAAUAUAAGUAGAAUAAAUUAUAAUAAGGGAUGAUAAGAACACAUUUAAUUUACCAAAUAUUAUCAACUACGGGUUUAGAUACUAAAAUCAUUUAACUUAAAUAUGAUAAUUUUCUUAGGUAAAACUUUACUAACAAACAAUUAUUUUCUUAGUAAUUGAUGAAAGCUGAUUGGUAUCAGAACUUUAGACAAAACUGACUUAUAUUGGACACUUAGAUACAUAAUAAAAUUUAAACUUCAUAAGUAAAUAGAAAAUCAUAUGCCUUGAUUAUUAUUAAGUUUGAUGACUUGAGGUUCAGUUUUACUCAAAAUGUACUUAGAGAAUCUAAGAUUACAUCAAAAAGUUCUAGGUUUCUAUGUUCAGAUAGUAAAAUAUAAAAUAUCAAUAAAAUAUAGCUAUAAAUUUAGUUUUGGAUAUUUAAUCCUAUACCCAGGGAAAAUCAGUAAGUAUAAAUUAUUGUUAUUAAUAAUCAUUCUUAACAUUGCUUACCUCUAAGAGGUGAAUAGCUAUAUGUAAAUAAAAGGAAUAGCAAAGAAAUGGUAGAGGUUCAAGUGCCUUGAAUGUAUUCUAAUGGAAAUGAAGGUAACAAUACAUUAAAAUAUUUAUCUAUUUUC